GGUGAUACUCGGCGCUUAGUAGCGAUUCUACGCCGUUGCGGUGCGCGUGUGUGCGUAUGCUCGUGAACCGGCCGUUCUAUUUCGACGACAUGGUUUGAAUUGAGAUUUUAUUUGGGCGACAUUGUUGCGGGUCUUGGCCAGAGCGAUCGCAGUUAUGCGCGUAUCGAAACUAUGUUUAUGAAGCCGUUUAUCUCUCUGAUCGUUGGUGUUUGUUUGCUCGCCGGCCAUUCGGCGCGAUGUUACCAAGAAAAUCACAGACGUCCCGAUUGCGGAAAUGUCCAUCUGACCGUCUCGCCAACUAGAGACACCAACCUGGAACUGAACUGGAUAUCGGACUGUGAAGACGAUUCGGCACCAGAGUUCAUCGUGUUUUCCAGGAAACACCUGAGAGACACGGACGAAAACUCUAUCAUACUUAAACUUAAAGCCGCCGAUUACCCUCGAGGCUAUUACAAAACUUCGACGAGUUACGGGCAUCCCUGGCUUCCCGGUAACUGGGAGUAUUCGGAAACUACUAACAGGAAGGACAUGGGACCGUAUUGCUUGCCCUACUGGAUAACGUCGGUGAGAGGGGAACGGAUCAUCGAUGAAAAUUGCUUGGCUAUCCAACCUACUUGGAUGUACGAUAACAGGCAAACCUUGGGCAGCCAGAAGAUAGGCUCCAUAUUUAUACCGGGCACCCAUAAUUCGGGAUCGUACGACGGUAUACCGGCCUUUCUCGAAGGUUAUGUGCUCAAUCAAGACAGGGACGUCUGGACCCAGCUGGUGCACGGCAUCAGAUAUUUGGAUUUCAGGGUUGGAUUCUACCAUCGCGAAGGCUUCUUCAUAAACCACGACCAAGUGAAGGUGAUCAAUGUCGAGACGGUCCUGGACCAAAUCAAAAAGUUCGUCGAACUCGCGCCGUCCGAAGUCGUGGUGGUCGAUUUCCACCGGUUCCCCUAUCCGAGCAACUUCACGGCGGAAAUGCACAGGAAAUUCACGGACUUGGUAUACCGGUACCUGGGCGAUCACGCCCUAUCACCGUCGGGUCUCCAGGUGGGCAAAGGACCCACCCUCAACGAAAUCUGGGCCCAGAACAAAAGCGUAAUCAUCUGCUACUCGGACAGGAACACAGUCAGAGAAACGUUUUGGUUGUGGCAGCCGCUGCAGCAGUUUUGGGGAGACACCAAUAGCGUGUCCUCCUUGAAGGGGUUCCUCACGAGGUCUAUUAAGCAGCACCGCACCACCAUCAACCCGAUGUGGGCCCUGAUGGCAGAACUCACGCCGCAACCGCUGGAUUUCAUCCUCAGAAUUAACAACCUACGGAACCUCGCACAGAAGGUGAACAGGGAGGUGACCAAGUGGUUCAGGGAAGAGUGGUUCUACGACGCGAACGUCGUGGCCACCGAUUACUUCCUGAGCAACGACUUGAUCGCGGUAGCGAUAGACGCCAACUCGAGGAAAUAAUGGCGUACCUCAGAACAGCGUAGUAGUUUAAUUUUAAUAAAGAAAUUGAAACUGAAACGGGUGC